AUGAGCAAUAUGCAGGAUGUAGACGCGGACGCUCGCCUGCUUGAGGAUGGCAGAGCAGCUUCCGAAGCCCUUCAACCUGACAGCAGGUCUCCGUGGAAGGAGGCAGCCCAAAGGAGGAAGUGCAUCCGAAAUGCUCAGUAUUUGUUGUUAUUUAACUUGGCAGCGGGUCUCGUUCUUGGUCUGGUCGUAGCAUCCUUCUGUAUAAAACCCGGCCUGGGAUACCCCUGGAUGCCGCACCGGCUUCAGCGUGUUUCCCUUCUACUCUUUGCUUGGGAGUUCCACCUCUUUUUCGUCGCCCCGCCCAUCUGCUUGCUGUGGAGGCUUAGCUCUGCGGCCAGGGCAAAACAAUGUACAGCUAACGGCCGCGAGUCGGUAUGCAUCCUUCUUCUCGCAGUUUGUGAAUUUGGCUGCGGGAUCUGUGCGUCGGCAAUGAGCGCAUUCAGCAUCUAUACAGGAAGGGUCCUUGUUCCAAGGGUAGCGUCCAAUGGCUUCAUCACACAAAUGUCCUUCGGGAUGGGAGCGUGCCUACUCUUCACCCUAAUUGGAAACGCGAAGUUCCGCAUUGCAAAGAGUAUCAAGAGCCGAGCACUCCGGUUCGAGGCAGAGCUUUCAGUAGCAGGAGCAAUCUUAAAUAUGACGCUGGCCCUCUCUGCUGCAUUAGCAUUCGCACAGUCUGGCCUCCCAGGGAAGAAGUUGUCGGUGAUUGGGGCGGCUGAGUACCCAGUCAUGUUCCUUGGUGCUUUGCUGUUGGUAAAGUCGCUCACCCACUUGACAAAAGAACUCUUGUACCAGAGGAAGGCAGCGUCGAGAGAGACCAUGGGGCACUCAGACUAA